AAAGGAACCGGAAACAGGAUGGGGAGCUGGACCAGGUGAGGAAGUAGAAGGCUGGGAACCUGGGUUUGUGGGGGCAGGUUCAGGGCUCCCAGGGUCGACGAGACUGAGCCGAGAGAGUAGUCAGAAUGCCUGGGUUUUCGGGUCCCUCUCUCCGUGUGGGGUCAGAGUCAGUGCAGGGAGAGCCCAGCCUAUGAAACUGCCUGGAAGGUCUGCAGGAUCGAGGCUUUCCAGUUGGCUGGAGACAGCGGGCGACCGCGGAGGUUUUCAGUUUAUGAGCUUACAAAAAGCUUGGUCUACAUUUUACUGAUUUUGGAUUUCUUCCUCAUCAGGAGACUGCUGCAGUGCCUGUCAUGUGACAGUGGCAUGGCCAUAUGCCCCACGCUUUCCUGCUGGGAUCCACCCAGGAGCCUACAGGUGUCCUGAUGGAGCCCCAGCCCAGCCCUGGAAGCUUGGCUGAGCGCUUCCUGGAGGAGGAGCUUCGGCUCAAUGCUGAGCUGAGUCAACUGCAGUUUUCGGAGCCUGUGGGCAUCAUCUACAAUCCUGUGGAGUAUGCAUGGGAGCCACAUCGCAACUACGUGACUCGCUACUGCCGGGGCCCCAAGGAGGUGCUCUUCCUGGGCAUGAACCCUGGACCUUUUGGCAUGGCCCAGACUGGGGUGCCCUUUGGGGAAGUGAGCAUGGUCCGGGACUGGUUGGGCAUUGGGGGAACUGUGCUGACUCCUCCCCAAGAGCACCCUAAGCGACCAGUGCUGGGACUGGAGUGCCCACAGUCAGAAGGACCAAGACAAAGCAUGGGACAUGAAAUUAAGAGUGAACUUAUGGGAGCCUGCAGCUGGAUCAGAGGAAAAAUCCGGUGUGGCAGAGUGAAAGUCAGAAGACCUGGAUUUUCAUCCCGGCUUUGAGACUUGUGAACUUUUUGACGGACAAAUUGAGAAACCUCUCCAUGCCUCAGGCUCCUCAUCUGUUAAAUGGGGAUGCCUACCUUUUGGGGCUGGUGUGAGGAUUAAUUGAGAUAACACUUGAAAGUGCCUUGCAUGGGCCUGGCUUGUGGGUGCUCAUUACAAUCCUCUUCUUUCUUGCCUCUGGCUUGGGGAUUCACUGCACUGCACUACAAUGGUAGCCCCUCUCCAUUCUGGAUACCUUGCUAGGGGAGAGUCUGGGCUUCCACCUGUGGCCAGGGUGAGGGAAAAUUCUCACCUUGUCAGAGAUGGAUCAAUGACUGAAAAACCUAGCCUGUGUUUUUUUUUUUCACUCUAAGCAUUAAAAGCUCCUAAAGCCUUUGUCUUGUUACUUUUUUCCCACCUUGGAUGCUAGAGGUAGAAGGCAGUUGUUUAGAUUUCCCCUCUCUUACCUCUUCAUUGUUGGCAAAGGGUUUUCUUAGGCAGCUGGGGGAAGGAUGUAGUAGAUGUGUAUCUCUCUCUCUUCUUUUUCUUUUCUUUUUUCCUGAGAUGGAGUCUCAUUCUGUUGCCCAGGCUACAGUGCAGUUGUGUGAUCUCAGCUCACUGCAACAUCUGCCUCCUGAGUUCAAGUGAUUCUCCUGCCUCAGCCUCCUGAGUAGCUGAGGUUACAGGCAUGUGCCACCAUGCCUGGAUAAUUUUUGUAUUUUUAGUAAGGACGGGAUUUUACCAUCUUGACCAGGCUGGUCUCAAACUCCUGACUUCAAGUGAUCAACCUGCCUUGGCUCCCAAAGUGCUGGUGCCUGGCCGGAUGUAGUAGAUCUCUAACUGCCUUGCCAAACCUGCAGGGUCUCUGCUAGGGGUCUUAUAUGAUACUCUGGGCGCUGUGAGAAACAGGCGACGGGGCAGUUGGGAAGCUGGUAUCCAAUUCAUUUUUUAUGUGCUGAAUGGUUGAUUGCAUGCCCCUUUGGUAAGGGUUGGGAAAGUGAACCAAGUUGGGAGCAGAGCAGGUCCUGAGACCACCUUCAUGAGGGCACAUGGUCUACUUCCUGUCUCCUGGGACACAGGUUAUUUCCAGCUUCCACAAUUAGUAAGAUUUUUCGUAUAAAUCCUCUCCUACUUCAUUGUAUAGUAAAGAAUUUGGCCUUUGUCUUC